GUUUGGCUCUGAUAGGAGAUGAUGACCAAGCUGAUAACUGAGACACCAGACCACCCCAUUCCUUUCCUCAUUGGCCAUCUGCAAACCAAGCAGGAGAGCCCCGGCAGGAUUCAGAGGACCCUGUCGGGGUCGGCUGCAUUGUGGGCUGAGAGCUCCUCAGAAUACAAAGGCACACGGCGGGACUCGAGGGGUAAUGAAAAACCCUGGCAGAUCCAUCCCAAGAAGCCCAAGAAAUCAAAGAGUGACCUGGCUGUGUCCAACAUUUCCCCACCCUCUCCCGAGUCUAAAUCAUUGCCUCGUUCAAUACUGCGUCCUACCUGGGACUGGAGGACUAAACCUGAGAGUCGAGACUUUAAUGAGCUCAAUCACAUACUGCAGGAGAGCAAGAAGCUUGGCAAAGCGCUGGAGAAUCUGUCCCGCAGCAUUGCUGUUUCUGAUGACUUUGACCUGGACCCUCGGACGUAUAACUCCGCACUGAGGCCUCGGGUGGUGGGUGAGUGGGUGGGCCGUGAGGAGGAAGAUUCUGACCCCCUUGCGGCUGAGAUGCUUCAGCCCCCCAUCCCAAGAGCCAAAACUGAGGGUUGGGCAAGCAAAGACAACAGUCCUGUUGGAAGCUUGAAAAUGGAGACUAAGGGUAAAGGACUAAAACAGCAGCAACAGAAUCACAAGAAACUUCUGGCAGCCAUGUUGUCUCAGGACUCGUUUGACUCCAUGCCUGAUUCGGCCCCCUCAGUCACUGAAGACGAGAUGGAAGAUGAGGAUGAUGCCAUGGAGCUUCUAGAGGAUCUGGAUGACCUGCGAAUGGAGGGGGUCACUGGCCUGUUGCCGUCUGGCAGUAAGUUCAGCCAGGGCCGCAGCUCCUACUGUUCAGAACCCCAGGCCAAAGUCACUCUCAACAUCUGCUCAAGGUGUGCAAGGCUUCAAGGGGACAGUCUAACUGCAAGGCCUGAAGAGGAACCAGCACCCCAUGUCCCAGAGCAAGCUGUGCCAGAAAUACCUUGUCCAUUACCCGCGGUGACAGAAACCCUGACAGCAGCAGAAGAUCUGCAGACUGCCUCUCAGGUGACAGGGCAGCGUCACCCUGUCUGGGCAUCGGAUGUGAAGCCGAUCAGAGGCACGAGCCCCCAGACGCCCAGACGUGCUCUGCAACUCCAGGACUCGCUUUUCUCCAAAGAACUGGAGAACAUGGGCAAACAUCUUGCCGAGGUGGAGAAGGACUUGGCCAAGCUGGCAGAGCAAGGGAAGCUGAACCGAAGUCCAAACAGCCCUCACAGGAGUUUGCUUUUAACCCCCCUCUUCCACACCACCAACACUCUGCCUGUGCUCGGACAGACGUCCAGACCACAGUCUCCCAGCAGCCUUUCCACAAAGACCACAGGCCUGCCCCUUCACAACACUAAGCCCACAAGCCUAGUCACGGGCCGGACAUCUCCCAGCAACCCCAGCAGCCGUGCCCAGACCCCUAGUGGAGCACGGACGCCCAGCAGACCUUUGACCCCCAAUAGUCUCAUGAUGCGCUCGUUUACUGCCGGAAGCCACGGAAACACAGAACGCUUGUACGGUCGCUCUAGAAGCAGACCUGUCACGCCGACAGGACAGAUAACCAGACCAAUCCUCACACCUCCAGGCCUGAGCACUACAGAUUUAUAUGGAGGUCUAUGGAGCACACUGACAGAGGAUGAGUUUUACCAGCAGUUGCAGGCGGUCAGGAAGCCCUGGCGCAUCCCUGGUGAAACAGAGAGUGACUGUCUGGAACCACCUGAGCAAGACAAGUGUAAUCCAAGUGGAGUGAGGGAUGCCAGCAAGAGAUCGGUGUUCUCAGGCUUGUAACGGUGUGUAUGGAGGACACAGACCCAAUCAAACAUUUAUGCAAUUUAAAGGGGCAUUCGAAUAUUGUGAGUCAGCAAAAGACACUUAUUUUUUUAAUUUUGACCAGAGGAAAGAUUGUGUACUUUUUCCACAGAGGCCAAUAUUUCUUAGAAAUAAAAAUGUUACAACCAUUUGAAAUUCUAGAAUGUAAUGUGUUUAUCAGAAUAAGAUAAGCCUGCACUUGAACUUUUUUGUCUGUUAGCAUGCUUCUUGUCUGUUCAUAAAAGUAUUUAUUGCUGCCUUGCAUAACUAAACACAAUUUAUCACAUGAUGUGCCAAAUCAAAGGUUGAUAAAGGGAUUUUUGAUAAGCCUUUUCAAUAAAAAUCAACAAAAGUGGGCGUUUUAUGGCAUUAGCAGAGAAUUUGAAUGUCACAAAUGUUCCUGUAUGUAUAAUGUUGGACAUGCACAGCACUGCCCCUGCUGACCUCAGCAUGACACUCUCUCAUUCCCAACAGCAUUGUGUGUCUACAACUGGAGAGGACACAUUUCUAAUGAACUUACUUUGACUUUUAUACCCACAGAAAUAUAUGUAGCCUGUUACACCUGUUAUAUCCUUGUAUAAUGCAAAAUAAAAUAAGAUUUGUAUAAA